AGUGUAGUAGAGUAGAGCUUAUCGUAGGGGAAGUUCGUACUGGGAAAAAACACAGUUUCACGCGUCCGUUAUAAGUUCUCUCAAGCGUGAAAUUGGAUUGUUUGGAAGUAAGAAGUGACUAAAGUGGAUUUCAUGUUUUGAUUUCAGCUGUUUACUCCAGCACGUGUAUUGACGGGGUUUGUGCGUUCCUAUACCCAUGUCAUUGUUAGACGGAUAUCGGCCCAUUGCUAAAACAACUAGCACUAACUGGACUUAGCGUCAUUCAUGACACAUUGUGCACCCCUAGAGGCCUGGAACGCGACGCCUACAUAGUGCAUCCACAUGGGACUAUGGGGGAUUUUUUGUCCCCCAAAAGAAAGGACGUGGUAGAACGUUUAAGACGCCGGAUUGACCUAUACAGACGACAUAAUAAUGGCCGCUUGCAAGCGUUUGAGCCGAGUAUAAAUGGACUGUACGAGCAGACGAGACAGGACACCUUGUUACUACACCAACGCUGGUUAGACAACAAGGCAAAGAAAGCUAGUAAGCACAAGUCCAAGGGGGACUCGAGCGGCCAGGGCGACCAGCGCUCCAGCUCUCAAAACAGAGGUAAACGAAAACCAGAGAGCAAUGUGGAAGGACCCGCUCCCGCCGAUCCCAAUUUAGGCCACGAUCCUUCAUCUCCUCAAAUCAAGAAACAGUGCACUGACCAUUCUGAUGGCAGCAACAAUCUACAGAGUCUAUCUGUGCAAAUAGUGCAGCAGAUAAACCCAAAACACGAGCAAUCACAAACAAUUGAAACAAACGUCACUGUCAAAUCUACGAUUAAUGGUACGAACACAUCGACACGUGCAGAAUCUUCGAUUAGUACCAAUAUUGAAUGUAAACGGGAACCUUUGGACGAUCUUCAUUGCAAUGCAUCAUCAGUGUCCAGUCAUACGAGUGAUUCGACACUAACUAAUAUCUUGGACCCUGGUGUUUUGGACGUAGAGGAGCUUCAGGCAAUCCUGGAUACCUUAGAGAAAGAAGAGGGAGAAAUCCCUCCAGAGAUCGUGCGCGAGAUUGAAAAGUUUACCGAGAAUAUUCCAAAGGACGCUGAAGACUUGGACAUUAAAGACACAAGUCUCUUCGGCAAUCCUAAUCAAACUGGCAAGGACUCGCCUAAAAUGCAAACUGGCCCGUAUAUGGAACAAAGCCAUCAAACUGUUCCGCGCUCGAGUGUAAAUUCCAUGUAUGAUUCUCCAGUGGCUUCUAGUGUUUCACCAAAUAUGACGGGCAUGAACGCGCAGUUACCAAGUUAUAGGCCAAUGUCUCAUCAGAUGGCGCCUGGCCCACCUCCGUCUGUCUUGGAAUCAACAGGGCCUGCUGCUGAGACUCUUAAACAGAUGGCAGCACAGCAUCAGCAGCAACAACAAGGGAAUGGCUACCCCAUGCAAAAAUCAUCUCCGUACGCUGACCCAUUCAGCCGAAACGGGAGCUAUCCUGGCUAUCCGAAUACGUACACUAAUCAGGAAAAUUAUUAUAACCACAUACCUCCACGAACACCAAAUGAGAUUGACGCAUUCCGGCAGGCUGGUCCCAUGGGGCAGAUCCCGCCAGGAGGGAUUGGCAAGCAGGGGUCAUUGUCUUACGAUACCACCAAGCCGCUUUCUCAUUACCCUGAACCCAUGGCACAGUCAUCAUCCAUGCCGUCUUCAUUGCAGCAGUUGCAAAAUCAAGUUCAGUCACAUUUCGGGCGUGGGGGUGGUCAGCCGGGUAUGAUGCAUGCACCGCCACACAUGCAGAUGUCUCAAUCACAACAAAUGCAGCUGUCGGCGCAAGGUGCGCAGAAUGUUCAACGGUUACAAAUGUCACAGAGCCAGCAUAUGCAUAUCAACGGACAGGCGCAACAGAUCUCUGUCGCACAGCAACAGUCAUUUAGUAUGUCCCAAGGAAUGCCACGGCAGCCUGGCCAACAACAGUUCAUGUCGGAACAGAUGAAAAUGCAGCUUAUGCGCGAAAAAAUGCAACGUUCACAUUCACAGGACGUGCAACGGACUCACCCGCAGGAUCUGCAGAGAUCUCGGUCACAAGAUCAUGGUAUGAUUGGUCAACAGCACCAAUAUAUGAACCAGCCACCGCCGGACUAUAAAAUGUCGGUGGCCAAUCAGAAUUAUGCUGGCAUGGGUCAUGGUUCAAACCCAUUGCAAACAAUGCAAAAUAUGGUGAAUCAAACGUCGCAACCGAUUCCAGAUAUGUAUUCAACUGUGAAAACUGAAAUGGGUCAGAUGGGAAUGGGUCAAAUGCAUAGUGGGCAUAUGCCUACCAAUUCAAUGGUACCACCUCAUGGUACCAGCGGACCUCAUCCGGCCAGUUUACAACGGACGCAAAUGUACCAAAUGAAACAAAUGGCCGCUGAAAAUUCAGUGCAAACUUCAGGACAAACGCGGCCUGGUAAAUCAAGCACACCUGUAUUUACAAGUGCAAUAAUGAGGGGCCAGCGACCCCCAAAUGUGAACGUUGGGCCGGAUGGGUUGAACAUUGGGCAACCAAGAGCGCAGACACCUGAUUGGCAGAAGAUGCAUCAGAUGCAGCAGAGUCAGCGGUUACAGAUGUCACAGGUGCCGAACACGCCAGCGCCACCUUAUAACAGUUAUCAUGGCACAUCGACAUCGAGUGCACAUAUGCAGCAACAGGUGAUGCAUCAGUCAAUGAUGUCAAAUAGUCGGAACGUACCUCAGAAUCAGGCGGAUGUCAUGCUCCAGAUGCGACAACAACAACAGAUGCGCGUCCAGCAACAGCAACAACAAUCAAACCAAUCGCAGUCAUUUUCCCCGGCAGUUACCAUGUCGUCUGCCUCCCAUUCCAGUUCUGUUUACGCCACAACAAACUCAACGUCGGCACCUGCCAGUGACUUUCCAUUAGACUUUCUAGAUAAUGCUCAAAAUUCAGGCACAGACUUUUUCGAUGCUGCACCGUCAGAUUUCAAUCUUAUUGACGAGUUAUUAGGGGGGAAAUAAUGUAAGAAUCAAAUGUAUAUUAUAUGGGUCUUUAUGGACAUUGUGAUGAGAUUGUCAACAUUUUUACAUACAUUUUAGAGAUUGUCUUUGAUUUGAGAUAUUUAAGAAUAGUUUUGUGUUCCAAAAUGGAUUGUAGAUAUAUACAUAUACCUGCACAAGAACAAGUUCGCUUCCCGUUUCGCUGUGAAAGUGAAAGGUGAAGUGAGUUCCGUACGGUGCUUCACAUUAUUAACCCUUUGGUUACUUGCAAAAAUAUAGAUCUGAGCCGUGAUGUAUUUUUGCUCCUUGAGAUUAUUCCUUUAAAAGCAAUCUUGAAAUCUUAGCAAAAAACUUAGUAAAUUUCAUGCAGCAAUCAGCACCCACAAAUUUGUUGCUUGUACAUUCCUGGUGUGACCGUAGCUUAUGUCAACAGUAAAAGCCUCGCAUGGCGGCCAUUACAGGGCGCAGAUCCUGGUUUUGAUGUUUGCAUACUUUGCAGAUGGUCACCUAGACUUAGAAGGGCUAUCACUGUGGUCACAAGCAAAACUUGAUAAUUAUCUAUUCAGCAGAGAACUGAUUUGUUAAUACAUUGUCAUCAAAAAUGAUAAUUGUCUUGGGUCACUGAUGAUUUGUGUGCUUAUUGUAUGUCCGUGUAAACGUGUUGAUUAUGAAAAAUGUCAUCUGCCUGGGAAGUGGUUUCUGCUGUCCAGUUCAACUUCAACCUAAUCAAUCUACAGAGGCUUGUAAAAAUGUCAUUUAUUCUGCUCUACCAACCUUAUGCUCGUCGUUCAGUGAUGUGGUCUAGCAUGAGGGAGGGUCCCCUAUUCUCGACUACACACUUUUGAAUUUUGAACAAGUCAACUCAACUCUUCCUAAAUUUGUUGCAGUGACUACUGAGAAAGCUAUUUCUUUACUGAAACAUUUGGGUGUGUGAUAUGCACAGCCUGUUGAUUUCCCAGGCAGCAGACAGUUUGGUGAUGUUUGUAUUUAAAACUUGUAAAAUACCUCACAGUACAUAUUGUACAGAUUAUCAUAAGUCACAUAUAGUUAGCGUCUAUGUUUUGUAGUAUAUGGCCUAUUGUUAGAAAUAUCAAUGAAAUAGCCAACCAAAAGGGAUAAUUUUAUUGGAGGACUGUCUCGAGAUUAACGCCAGGUCAACUUAUAUUAGUUCAUUAGUUCCUGUGAAGGGGAUGGGAUGCCCGAGGGACAUCAGAAAGUGUGCACUCACAGUUAGUUGAUUGAUGGUUUACAUUUUCCGGUGCACCCCAGGAACACCCUCUCUUCAGGAUCUCAAUAAAACUGAUUAUAGCUGGCCACUAUUAUCGAGAGAGACUUCUCUUGUAAGUGAAAAAUUCCCUUUUCGGUUCUCUGAUUCAGAUGACUUUGGACUUGUUCAUUGACGUACAGCAUUGCAAACCUGUUUAUCAAGACAGAACUAUACACUGUGUCGAUUGAAGAUAGAAGAACAUUUGAUUUCCUGGUGUUUAAAACUAUUGGAUUAACAGUCUAGAAGGAGAUGGAUUUCCAUAUCUGAUAUUUUGGUAUGGAUCCAUACUAAAAUAUCAGAUAUGGAAAUCCAUCCCCUUCCAGACUGAUUAUUGUAAGCAGUUAACUGACAACCACUUCUUCACCAGGUUCCAGCAGACAUGGUAACCUCAAAAGAACUGAACCAUGUUACUGUCCAUCCUCUUGCAAACAGGGCCUACAACACGACUUCUCCUUACACAUGUUUCCGUUGAGGGAGUAAGAUCGAGUGAAAUGGCCCGAUAUUGUCAGGAUGAUUACUGUCUGGACAAAUAAAAUAUUAUUCAAUGAAAAAAAAGUCCUUAACAAUAGUGGACAACCUUCUGUAAUCGGACACACAAAACUGGGUCAGAAUUCCUGGAGACCCAAAUAUUACUAAGAUUGGCUCACAACAUGCUGCGAUAUUGCUGUUUUGAUUAAUCGUAAUGUCCAAUUUAUUACCGCUAAUCUAAUUGAUUUGUAUCAGUGUUUUCAAUUAGUCUGCAGUGUUUUCUGGCCUCGAUAAUCAAGUACUUGAAGAUAUAAUUCAGUGUAUUUUGAUUUAUUGUUCAUGAAGUCCAGAUGAAAGCAUGAAUGUACAUGUAAAGUCAAGAAACCUCCUGAUAACUUGAUUAUAAAAACUUGAUUGAUAAAAGCAUCACAAUGAGAGAAGUUUGUUUGAAUCAUUAAUACUGUACCUCCAAAUAUUGAAAUUGAACAAACAUAUGGAAUUUACUGUCAAGCUUGUCAAGGUUUGUCAAGAGCCAUCUAGACCUUUAGGGCAGCUGCACCAGAAUAGAAGUCGAAACAUCUCCUGAUCAAUUUUGUAGUCAUGCUUUGACUGGUUGUGAAUCUCAAAUAUGUAGUUAUGUAGUGUCACCUGAUGGAUAACUAUGGAAAUUUGUUGUUGGAAGGUUAAGUCAAGCUCGUUUACAGCAAGAAUGUUCUGUACUGUAAAGCAGAUGUGACUCCUCAUUAGUAAUUGAUUAUUGCCCAUUACCAAUAGAUGAGAUUAUGAAUCCAUUCGAGUAUUAUACGUGGUUACAAAAUGAGAUUGUGAUACUACUUUGUGAGAAUCAAGCAGGUUUUGAGAUGUUGUAUGCCAAUAAAAAGACAAAACUUAUGUACAA